UUUCUUCCCCCCCCCUCCCUCGCAGCGCCUGGGUAUAAAAGCGCCCAUCAGCUGAUGCUCCCCGCAUUGCAGGCGGCGGAACUCCUGACAAGAGACGCUCACAAUGAGGCGCUUCGCUCUCCUCGUCUUCCUCUGCUCGCUGGCAGCGGUUGCUUUAACAACUCCCCUGCUUUUGAAGAAAGACUGUGCAAAAGGUCCACAGGUGUGGUGCCAGAAUUUGCGAACUGCAUCUGAUUGCAAAGCAGUUAAACAUUGUCAGCAAAAUGUGUGGAACAAGCCUACUGUGGAGAGUAUUCCCUGUGACUUGUGUAAAGAAAUUGUACGAGUGGUUGGGAAACUCUUAAAGAGCAAUGAUACAAUGGAAGAAAUAGAUGAAUAUUUCAAAAAAAUUUGUGAAUUUCUUCCUGAAUCCGACCUGGUAGAGCAGUGCAAGGACAUAGUGGAGUCUUACUUGCCAAAUAUUAUGGAAAUGGUCAAAUCAGAACUUGAGAACCCUGAAGUUGUAUGCAGUGCACUCACACUAUGUCAGUCUCUUCAGAAUCACCUGGCAGAAGUAAAAUUACAAAAUCAGCUCCAGUCCAACAAAAUUCCAGAACUAGAUUUCUCUGAACUGGCAUCUCCUUUCAUGGCUAAUGUGCCACUUCUUCUUUAUCCUCAGGAUAAACCUAAGAAAGAACCUAAGGGAAAUGGAAAUGUGUGUAAUGACUGUGUUCAGCUGGUGACAGAUCUUCAAGAUGCUGUGAGGAACAAUUCAACUUUUGUUAGUUCUUUAAUUGAACAUGCCAAGGAAGAGUGUGAACGUUUGGGUCCUGCCCUGUCUGAAGUGUGCAAAGGCUACAUUACUGAUUAUUCCUCCUUGGCUAUUCAGAUGAUCAUGCACAUGCAACCACAGGAAAUUUGUAACAUGAUAGGAUUAUGUUCUUCCCUGAAAUCUGUACCCCUCCAAGCUCUGGUGCCUGCUAAACUUAUCUCUCCAGCAAAGAUAAAGCCAGUUGAGCCAGUUGAGACCAAUCCGAGUCAAAAGGAAGCAUUCUCUCUCUGUGAAGUAUGUACUAUCAUGGUAGAAGAGGUGGCCAGCCUUCUGGAAAGCAAUAAGACGGAGGAGGAGAUGAUAGAAGGAAUGGAGAAAGUCUGUUUAGUGCUACCUGAAAAAACCAGAGAGGAGUGCAAGGACUUUGUGGAAGUUUAUGGGAAGUCUAUUCUUGACAUGUUGUUGGAAGCUACUAGUCCUAAAAUGGUGUGUGUGAUGCUGAGAUGUUGCAAAAACAACAUUUUACCAGAUGAAGAAAUUGUUCCAGUGAAGUCAGAAUUGGGAAGUAUCUGUGAUGUGUGCAAGAUGAUCGUUGCUUAUGCAGACAAGGAACUAGCAAAGAAUGCUACCACUGCUGAGAUUGAAAUGUUUCUGGAACGAGUCUGCCACUAUUUACCGGAGUCUGUUAGUGACGAGUGCGUCCAGUUUGUGCAGCAGUAUGAGGCAACCGUUGUUCAGCUUCUCGCAGAAAUAAUGGAUCCUACUUUUGUGUGCACUAAACUUGGAGUUUGUACAUCAUCCACUAAACCUCUUUUGGGGUCGGAAUUCUGUGUCCGAGGACCGGGGUAUUGGUGUAAGAACAUGGAAACUGCAACUCAGUGUAAUGCUAUUGAACAUUGCAAGCACCAUGUGUGGAACUAGAAGAUGCAUCAUCUUUGGCCGGCUCUUUUUUCAUUCUUGGAAGAAAAUGGAAGCCAAGGGUUAGGCUAGUAAAAGCUAAAUCUUAGUGUCUUGAUCUUCUCCCUCUCCAUUUCAAGUACCUUUUUACGAAUCGCGUAGUAGCAGUGCUACUAUCCUGGAAGGAUCCAUUGUUUUGACUUACUGAUACUUCUAACUGCAGUUGUAGGCCUUUGCGAUACAUGAGAACAUACUGCCAAGUCAUUGGCCAAUUGGGUUCAGUGUUUCUGAGAAGGAGUAGUAAUAAGUGUGUGUGUAUGUAAGUAAACUAAGGACAGUGCUGGUGUGUCUGGAUUUUAAUUACUUGGUUUUUUUUUAAAAAAAAAACACACAUUCUUGCUGAUAAUUAAACCUAAAACAUGGGACUGUAGUGCUCUCUAUUAAAAUAGCUGUUGAUACCCUUUUGUGAACAGUCAUUUUGUAGAUAAAUCUUCCAAAUAAAUUCUUAGCUGCUGGCUUAAAACUGCCAUAGACAAAAGGCAAUCCCAUUCCUUCCAAAAGGAUGAUUUAGGUAUGCCCACAAUUAUGUUAUAAUUAAGGUCUUAAGUCCCAAUGCCUGUGUAGCCAAUACUGAAUGAAUGUGCAUUCACAACCUAAAGUGCAGGCAGUACUAGUUGAUAGUGCAAGUUUGAAAUGCUUACGAAUGAUCAGCCCAUUGUUUUUGAGACAAAUUUAGUAGCUUCUCUUUCAACAAACAAAACAGUAAAUUAUUACCUAGAAAAAUCAAGAGGUGCACUAAAUUUGGUCCAUCUAGUGCACCGGAGCGCUUUCCCUCCAUUUCAGUAAGAUGUAUUUCCUGAAACUAAAAUAAAAAAGAAGCUUGGUAGAAAAAAAAAAUAAGUUAAGUAUCCGUGUUCCUAUUGGAUUGUACAAUUGUCUAUUAAGAUUGCCUCUUCUUAACUGGUCCCACUACAGAAGAGGUCCCCAACCCCAGGCUGUGGCCCACCACCAGGCUGCGCAAACGGUGGGCACUCACACAUGUGCACGAAGCUCCACGUGUCCGCUUUCCAAGCCAGAAAGAUUGGGGACGGUUGCUCUAGAGUGUUACAUCUACUUGCAUGAGUAGGCAUAAAUCAGAAUGUCUACGAGCAAAAUGUUAACUGGCAGUCAUGACUUUUGUGUGAAGACAGUUGUGGUUCGCUGGGGUGGGGAUCAAACACACAGACUCAAAAACAGUAACGCUUGUUGAACCAUAUAUAAACAAAUUAUGAAGCCCUUAAACCCCAUGACUUCUGACUGUUUAAAAUACAGAUUUGUAGAAUGAAGCUCCUAAAAUAAUCAACCUCUGCAUUAUUGUUAAAGUUAGGAAUAUAAUUUUUUUUAAUUUUAUAUAUCUUGGGUGCACUUUUGAGGGCAUUGACUUGAAUUCUUCAGACUAAUACGUUUUUGUUUUGUUUGUUUUUUUGUCUGCUGCUGGCUCCAAAUUCUUGCUGCUUUGAAAUAAGCAUAUGAUGAAAAGCAACAGCAAAUUAAUAUAGAUGUUUGUUGUGUAGCAUUGUAGUUAACAUCUCCUUUAUAAGAGAUUAUUUGUUGUUGGAAAAUAUAAUACACUCCCUGUAAAAGAAAAGUGGCAUUCUGUGAGGUAAAACACAUUUUAUGUAUAGAAUCUGGUUUCUUGCUGAUAGGAAACGAUUUCAUAUUUUUUGGACAAAUUCUUACAACUUAAUGUAAAUAUAUGCAGAGUAAUAUCUCACCUUCAGAAAUGAGUUGGGAAGAUAAGCAGCUGCUUUAACAAACUGCUCUAUUCUAUUUUUUUUUUCUUUUUGCACUGAAGCUUCUGUAAUUCAAUAAAGUUGUAACUACA